AUGCCAGCAGUAGCGGAUACAGACGAGAAAAUGCUCAAGAACUUCUUUGUCAAAAAGAUUGAAAACAACACGGAGCAAGUGCAAAGCGCCAUUAUCGCGAUGGAAACUUUGCUGGAAGCGAUAAAGAUUGACAAGUCGUCGACGACGAUCAUGGAACUGAUCGACAGACUUGGAAAUGUACGGAAGUUGUUGGCGGAUAUCGACAUUGUUCCGCAAAAAGCUUCGAUAAAAUCCGGAUCGGAGCUGUUUCUGCGCUUCACUACGAUGAUGAUUUCCGACAUUAUGCAUCAGAGUUCCGAUUUUGACAAAGUCAAAGAAGCACUCAUCGAUCGAGGAGCACAAUGCAUCGCAACGAUGAAACUUUGCCGCGAAAAAGCAGUUCGUCAUUUUCAAACCUUCGUUCCCGAGAGCGCCCGGGUCCUGAUUCAUGGUUACUCUCGCGCAGUUGCCGAUGCUAUUCGAUUAGCUGCUGUCAACGGAAGAUUAAAAUGUGUCUAUCAGACAAAAUUGUCGACUGCUUCCACUGAUGAUGAAGAACGAGGCAAGUUUUUGAAGGAAAUUUCCGACGCUGGAAUUGAAUGCUACGAGGUUUUGUCGGAAUCAGUUGCGUAUCUUAUGGAAAGGAUAGAUGUUGUUAUUUUGGGCGCCGAAGCUGUUGUUGAAUCUGGAUCAGUGAUAAGUUCAAUUGGCAGCUAUGGCGUGGCAAUUACAGCAGAUGUUCACAAAAAGCCGGUUUAUGUCAUUUGCGAGAGUUUCAAAUUUAUGCGAAGUUAUCCGAUGAAACAGAUGGAAGUCGAACAAGACCACAAAUACACUGAUGGCGACAAAGGACAUCCGAUCGGCGAUUUGACUCCGGCCAAGUUUGUGACUUUGCUAAUUACUGACCUUGGCGCUCUUACUCCUGCUGCUGUCGGUCAUCAUCUUAUUCAGCUAUAUUCCGGCUGA